AUGCAGCUACACAAGACGAACGUCGCUGGUCCUUCUACACGGGCUUCCAUUGUGACGGCCGAGGCGCCCCCUGCCACAACCGUCAACGGCGGCACCCCGCAGCCCGCCGCUGCACCGCAAGCAACCGGCUCCAAGUUUGUGUGGUCCAAGGCAUGGUACCCUGCGGUUGCCGAGGAGCACCUGGACCCGACCAAACCCCACCAGGUGACGCUGAUGGGCCGCCAGCUGGUGCUGUGGCGCGACAGCAAGGGCGAGUGGCACGCCCAGAACGACGCCUGCCCCCACCGCCUGGCGGCGCUCAGUGACGGGUUCAUAGACGCCGACAACGAUCAGAUCGUGUGCUCCUACCAGUAA